CAUCAAGUAUGAAGACGACAAUAGUGGUUAUGUUAAGCAUUUGCUUAAGCAUAAAUGCUUAUCUUAUUAAAGUUCCAACUGAGCCGCUGGUUCCACGACUGGCUCCAUUAGAUUGGGUUCAAGUACAAAAGGCUAUGCUGCCAUUUUUCGAGAAUAUUUGCGAAGAAAGCACAGACCCAACAAUCAUCAAACUGAGCAGGGAGUUCACCUUCGAUGCUUCCGGAUACUUGAAACCAUCUGUCGUUGAUAACUUCCAUACAUUGAAGACUGGAAAAGGCUUAUUGCCCAAGGGUCAAAUAUUUUCUGAAGUCAAUAUAGAUCACUUGGAUGAACUUCGCAUUAUUUACGAAUUAUUAUAUAAUGCAAAGGACUUUGAUACUUUUUACAAAACGGCUUGUUGGGCGCGACAAAAUGUCAACUGCGGUUUAUUUAUUGAUGCUAUUUACUUAGCCAUUAUAAAUCGAAAAGAUACAGAAAGAUUGUCAGUACCAGCACCAUAUGAACUCCUACCAAAUUACUUUGUACGUAAGGAUUCUAUAAUUAAAGCGUCAUCUUUACUUGCUAGCGAGGAAAUAUCUAUCAGUGAUGGUAUUCGGAAUGAAGGAAAUUCUUACAUAAUAGACACAAACUAUACAAGCAGUAUUUUUGAUGAUUAUGAAGAUUCUAACUUAGCAUACUUCCAAGAAGACGUUGGACUAAACUCAUAUUUCUUUUUUAUGAAGCUUCGUAGUUUACCUUGGGUAGACACUGAAUUUAAAAGAAAUAACAGAUACGGUGAAUAUUUAUAUCAUUUUACUAAACAACUCAUGGCUAGAUAUAAUUUGGAACGUUAUUCAAAUGGACUCUUGGAAGCGGAAAGUAUAGACUGGGAUAAAUUUGAAGAAACAGAAUAUGAUCCUAUGCUUAUUUAUUCAAACGGAAAUGAAUUCGCUUCUAGAACAUCAGCAAAAGUAUCAACAAAUGAUUUAGUAACAUCCUUAAAAAAUAUAGAAAAUAAUACAGAUGCAGCAGUAAUUCAUAUGAUGAAAUUCUUUCAGAGAGAUGGUGGUUUCAGUAAAGCUGCUAUUUUAAAUAACUUGAUGGAUAUUUUAAUCACCAGUAAUAUUAGUUAUCAAAAUUUAGCUCUUCAAGUUUUUGAUAAAAGCCCGACAGUUAACAGUCAACCAUCGGUAUUAGAGCACUUUAUGACUACAAUACGAGAUCCAAUCUUUUGGAAAAUAAACAAAAAAAUUGUGGAUAUUACAGAUAACGCAUUGAAACAGUUACCAGGGUACACUAAAAGUCAAUUAUAUUUUCCUGGUGUACGAGUAGCUAAUGUGGAAGUAAAGAAAAUGAUAACAAUGAUGGAUAAUUUUGAAUUUGAUGUCACAGAUGCUCUUAAAUAUGGUGACAAGGAUCCAAAUUUCCAAAUGAAAAUUGGACAGUCCAGACUCAACCACAAACCCUUUGCUAUAAAAGUUAAUGUUUCAUCAUUAGUUGUACAAAAAUCCUUGGUAAAAUUAUAUAUUGGGCCAAAAAUUAUGCCUGGACAGCUUGCUGAUAAACGACAUUUAUUUAUGCUUAUUGAUAGCUUUGAAGUGAACCUUAAGAAAGGGACAAAUAUUAUAUCACGAGCAUCUCACGAGAUUAAUAAAAUAUCUGAAGAUCUAAUGUCGUUGAGGACCAUUCAUAAGAACGUCGUUGAUUCUGAGUUUGGUGUUGACGCUUUACCACUUAAUUUGGUUAAUUCACAAAUUGGAUUACCUUCACGCCUAAUACUUCCAAAAGGAAAUAAUGAAGGCUUACCUUUCCAAAUCUUUGUAUUUGUUGCACCAUUUAUAAAAGCUACUCCCGGUGGCUAUAAAUCUAACACACAAUUAAAUUCUGAAGCCAUUCUAUCUCCAGGAUACCCGUUGGAUUUAGAUAUAGAAAUACAAGAAUUAUUUAACUUACCGAAUGCACUUGUUAAAGAUAUAGUUAUUACACAUAAAGGAGAAUAUAAGCCAGGAAAUUAUGGUAGAGACACAGGUGAUGAAAAUACUUGGCAAAAUUAUGAACAAGAUAUUAAUAUUGAUGACCAAAUGAACAAACUAUCAUUAAGGCCAGAAUUUACUAAAAAGAGAGAACAGUUUGAUUACAAAUCAAAAAAAGGACAAUACGGGAAAAAAGAGGACUAUGCAAAUAAGAGAGUAGAUCAAAAUGAUGAUGCUAUACAAAAUGAAGUUAUCGAUUUAAAAAAAGAAAUUAAAAUUGAAAAAGAAACCUCAAAUAAUGACAAUGUAGAAUACACAGUGAUUUCAAAUAAUGAUGGCAAUCGUCUUGUAAUAAUUGACAAAGAUGUAUCUAAAAAAUUUGAUGUAAGUGAUGAAGAUGAACAUUUAAAGAAAGUAGUAGUAGAUGUAAAAACACUUGAAGAAAUAGAACUUGAAAAUAAUUUAAAAGUUGAACCAAUUCAGCUACGGUCUUCUUUUAAGAAACAACCGCCAACUAUUUUCAAUAUAAUAUUCAAAACAAAAAAUGAUACUGAACAUACUACGCAAAAAAUUUACGAAUAAAAAAUAAAAAUUGUUAUAUUUUUAUUAAAUAAAUAAUUUGUACACAG